CUCUAACAAACAGGAACGACCACAGCUCUCACAAUCACUCACAAAUCCACGGCUGUACAAGCACUGUCAAUCUCGCCAUCAGUGCAUAUCGUACACCUCUAAACCGAGAACAAAACCACAAUCAAGCCGAAAAAACUAAAUAACCAUACCGUCAAAAUGCAUCUCAUGUACACCGCAGACGAGAGCGGCAAGCGCAUCUACACCCUCAAGAAAGUCCUUCACGGCGAGGUUACCAAGUCCGCACACCCAGCCCGCUUCUCCCCCGACGAUAAGUGGUCGCGCCAGCGGGUCACGCUCAAGAAGCGUUUCGGAUUGUUGUUGACGCAGCAGAAGAACAAAAUCGCCGAGACCUCGUGAUGAAGGACGUUCUAUUUCGAUGACGAUGGAAUAAGACAGGCAUUCUACAGGUUGUCCAAAACACCGCAGACACGCCUUACCUACAACGCCAUGAUUUCACGGCACCUACCUACUACCUAGCACCUGUUUAUACGAUCUGGCGUUCAGGGAUAUUGGGAAAAUACUCUUCAGUGUUUCGGUUCACUAUCAGGCUUCAUGAUUUCCGUAUCGUUCACGGUCUGGCGGCAGAGGCAGAGAAUAAAACACUUCGUUUUGACAAACCUGGAUGUGAAGCUGUGAAUUGAUUUUUUUCGCUUUUGGUGGAUAUAUGAAUGUGCAUGGGAUGGACACAAGAUCAUGAGUCCCUACCUUCAGUACCUUUGUGUAGGCAGUCUCAAUAAACAUCAAGAAGUCAGCUCAAUAUCCCC